GCAAGGGCAAUAUUGUCAACAAAGAAACAUGACCCAUAUACCCUAAACCCUUGUUUUCUUUCUUUCCAAGCAAAUUUUUCCUCAUUUAUUUUUCUCUCCUUUUUCCUCUCAAAUCACUUUCCCCUCUUCAAUUUCAAUCCAAAUUCAUUUUGUCCAUCGAUUUUCUUCUGUCAUGUUCGCUUACAGGGUCUUGUCCCGUUCCUCUGCCACCGUUUCUCGAAGCUUCACGCUUCUCUCUGUUUCAAGGAACUCCCAAAUAUCCACCAGCCUUUCCAAUCAGUUCCAUUCCCUCCUUCAUCAAUCACCUAAUAAGCUGAUUCCAAUUCAAGCUAAUUUGUUGAGUCAAGUAAAUUCAUCCUUGACUUGGAGAUUUGGAGUUUCUUCAUCGGCUUCACCUGAACAUGCAAGUGAUGACCCUGAAAAAACAAGUGAAGAAGCUAAGGUAACUGAUGAACGAGCCGAAGCUGCGGAUCGAACCAAAGAAUCAGAUGUAGAGAGUGAAUGUGAUCUAUCAAGAGAUGAUUUGAUAAAGCUUGUUUCUGAGAAGGCAGAACUUUUGAAGUUGAAGCACAAGGAGAUUGAGAAAAUGCAGGACAAAGUUUUGCGUACUUAUGCUGAGAUGGAGAAUGUCAUGGACAGGACAAGACGUGAAGCAGAGAAUUCAAAAAAAUUUGCCAUACAGAGUUUUGCGAAGAGUUUACUAGAUGUUGCUGACAAUUUGGGAAGGGCUUCCUCAGUUGUAAAGGACAGCUUUUCAAAAAUUGAAUCACCUGCGGACUCUGCUGAAGCAGCACAACUCCUAAAAACACUUCUAGAAGGUGUUGAAAUGACAGAGAAACAACUUUCAGAGGUGCUAAAAAAGUUUGGUGUAGAAAAAUUUGAUCCCACAAAUGAGGCAUUUGAUCCACACAGGCAUAAUGCCAUCUUCCAGAUACCUGAUGCUUCUAAGCCCCCAGGCACUGUCGGAAUUGUUCUGAAGGCUGGAUAUACACUUUAUGAUCGUGUUAUUCGUCCAGCAGAAGUUGGUGUAACCCAAUAAGUGGAGGAUAACAAAGUAGCUGAAUGAUGAUGGCAUGAAGAAAUGCAUGAGUGGCAGGUUCUUAUUGAAUACCACUCCAUGUUUUUUUGAAAUAUGCAUCUCCCUGGCAGUAUUUCUCUUUGCGGAGUCUGUAUUCUGCCCUGCAUGGAGAAGACUAUUCUUUUCUUUUUAUUUUUAUAAUAACAAAAUACUAUGUACUGUGGGUUUUGAUUCCCUGAGAUUUUGGUUGUAUACAUGCUAUUUAAUGUUCAUUAUUGUAAUGACUUUUGUAGUGGGACUUAAGCAUACCGUUACCCUCACUUAGUUUAAGCUCUAGUUCCUUACUUUUAACAAUUCACAAGUUACUAGGGAUGAAAGACCACUCAUUGGAAGAUUUGAAAUUUGUCUUGAGAUGAUGCAACUGUUACUUAAUUUUAUUUUAUUGUUUUUGCUG